AUGGAAGCAGAGGUGUUGAACCCCCAGAUGAUGGCGGACGUCAAUGGCAACAAUAAAAUCACCAACGCGGAGCUGGAGGUGUUGAAGCUGCAGGAAUUGGUCCGAAAAUUGGAGAAGCAGAACGAACAAUUGCGGACCAGAGCGAACGCUGUAAACAAUUGCUCCAUCGGCCCUCAUCUCCAGAGCUCGCUGUCGUGUCUGCACGGAGCCCCGACGUGUCCCACUGACCAUUUCUCCAGCAAAUAUGACAUUUCUAGUCCGACACAGUCGCAUCCGUGUCUCCCUCGAGGUCCGGCGGAGGAGCCAUUCGCUUAUUUCCAGCCGAGCUCGGCGCCUCCUGAGGCGGCUGUGGAGGACAGCGGCGCCGCUGGAGCCACAACUGUGCUGGAUGAGGUUGAUAUUCUGGACCUGAGCACCGUGCUGCCCGUCGGAGAGCCUGAUAGCUGGCUGUAUGUGAGUCCCAGAGCCCGGCUGCAUGGCGACAGCAUUCUCAGCCCUCUUCAGUGGUGCAGGCAGGUACUGGACCACCCGGGGCCUGAGGUGGAGCUCGCCAAGAUGACGCUCUGCCACAGACUGGACCAAGCUAAGCGGUGGCGAGGGGUCUCCUCCGUCCGUCCAUACAGCUGCAUAGAGGGGCUCUCCACCCUCAGCUGCCCCGUCCUGCCUUACACUAAAUCUGCUGCACUAACCGAGCCCCCAGCCCCGUUGCCGUCCUCUGGCCAGUCUUUUCUGCAGCCCACUCUCCCUCUCAGGGCCAGCUGCAGCCUCACCGACCGAGCGCCCACUUUCCUCUCAAACUCCACACUCCACAAUGUGGGACGCCGGCACGCGGCAAUCUCCCCCCAGUCUUCCCUGGACAGCGAGGUGGGUGUAUCAGAACUGGAGGACGACUCCAUCUCUAUGAGCUACAAACUGCAGGACAUGACAGAUGUGGAGGUCAUGGCACGACUUCAGGAGGAGAGUCUCCGACAGGACUACGCCUCUACCUCAGCCACCGCCAGCCGUCGCAGCUCCAGCUUCUCAUUGCAUUCCCUCAGGCGCAACGAGAUGGAUCUGGAGGAGGAGGAUGAGGAGGACGAGGGCUACGACCAGCUCCCUCCUCCGCAACCUCGGCUUUUCCGCACAGGCUCUAUGCAGCGUGGCAGCCUUCCCCACUCCCACACCUUCUCCAGUAUCAGAGACUGCAGACGCAGCUCAGCCACGCCUCAGUUUUCACUCAGCGGACUCUCCCAGUACUCUGGACACUCCAGCCUGAUCACAGAAACACACACAGCAUACAGGAAUAGCACAGACAAGCUUCGGAGAAGCAUGCCCAACCUGAUCAGAGCUCCCAGCAUGCCCAGUGUUCCCAGUAUUCCAUGCCUGGCCUCCCCUGUCAACCCACCCUCCCACGGUCCUUCCUCUCUGCCACCGAUGCCCUCCCUCCGGAGCAGCCAGAGCUUUGACUCGUCCAGUGGGCUCGCACGACUGCAAUCCUCCAUUCCCUCCCCAGGCCAGCUCAGUCAGCGAGUACAGAGCGUCGGGAACUUUCCCACCACUCCACGACAUCCACUGAAGGCCACAGCCUAUGUGAGCCCAACUGUGCAGCAGGGUCCCACCUCCACCUGUCUGUCCACCUCCAUUAGUCUGAACUCCAUCCCCAGCAGCGCCGCUCUGCCUCAGCCCCUCAAACCCAGCAGCAGUUUGCUACCACAAGCCCUCAAAGCCAGCAACCAGCCGACCGUCCCCCGCAGUUCCCUCCCUCGACCAGCCUCCUUUGUAGGAACAAGUGGAGUUCCACGUGCAAGUAAAAUCACCCAACCCACACGCAGUUUGCUGACUCCUCCAAAGAGUCUGGCUGCUCUGAGCGCCCUGAGGGACGGCAGCUGGAAAGAUGGCUGCUACUGAACCCAAAUAAUCUGAGGUUGGAGAGGAGCACAGGGAGAAGCAUGGGACCCAACCUAGACUGUGAACCACGAGAGGGUGACUGUUAACAUGAAUAAAAGCACUGCUCUUCACUGAAGGACAAAGUAGAGACUGAGAAUAGUACGGGUCCAGCAGGCUGGAUCUUUACUUUACUACCUGCUGAAACACAGACUGACACACUACCAGGCAAUACUCUGAUAAUCAGCUGUUAAAUGUGAAACGGAUCCUCUUUGAUAUGUGUUUUUUUGUUCAUCAUCGUGGAUAGUUAAUGCUUUCAUUCAAUAGAAUGAAAAUUCCUCUCCAGUUGAACGCUUAGAAAAAAAGAAUAGCCCACGCUUUUGUACAUGCUUUUAAUGGUUUCAUAUGACUAAUUUUGCAAGGUUUUUUUUUUUUGUUUUUUUGUUUUUUUUUUUGUCAGACUGUGGUGUCAGAAACAAAGUUGAACCUGAAAUUGGAAUUUUGUUACUCCCUGUGCCUGUUAAGAAGUAGUGUGAUUCACGUUAGGUAUAUUUAUUGGCUGGACCUCACAGCACUUUGGAUAAGAAAUAUGAUUAACACAUUAAAAUAAAUGAUCUUCCUUGUUUUUCUUAUGUAAGAUAUGACAUUCAUUAAUGUCAGUGUACACACUUUAUCUUUUGGCUAGUUUUUUUUUUUUCAUUUAUUGUUUACAUGAAAUUUUAAUGUUCUUUGAUAAACAUAAUCACUGCAGUGAUAUUGCACAUAGAGCUCCGAUGCUUUUUAUGGAUGACAAGAAGUUAAAGAAGUGGUGAGUUUUUAAAGUGAAUAAAAGCAUUUCAAAACAA